AUGUUUCAAUUGUUUUCUUUCACUAUUUUCCUUCUAUGUUUACCCAACCAUAUUUCCCUUCCAUAUUCAUCUUUUUCCUCUCUUUCCUGCCCCUUUUGUCAGCUUGCUAAACAAGAAGAAGAGCUUCGUAUGGAAGAGGAGGCUUAUUAUGAAGCCAGGAGGGAGGCUGCCCGUAUUGCCAGACUCCAGCGUGUUGCUAAGGAACAAGCCGCAAAAAAUUUCUCCAAAAUUGGUGCUACUGGCCGCUCUUGGCUAGGAGAUAAUGAAAACGAAUGGGAUGUUGCUGGAGGGGAAGAUGAUUUUGAAAUGUUUUUAGCAAGUGUAAAGGCCCGAUCCUUAUCUGCAAGAACACAGCUGCGCCAAGCCUCUGCUGAUGGCCAGAGUACAAGUAGCAGCACCACCCACACAAGGGACCGCUCGCAUACCGAGGCGUCGUCCUUAGACCUCGAGUGGGAUCAUGAAGCAGGCAUUGUGCCUCAGAAAGCUCCACGUUCUGCAACAGAAGAAAAUUUGGUGGCAUUGGCUGCUCAAGAAAUCCUGCAAGUUAGUCCAGUUAAUUCCAAUGACCUUGAAUGGGACAAUGAUUAUGCUCCCUCACUGGUGCUCCCUUCACUCUUUCUCUCUUUUCCUUCCUUCCUCCUUAUUUCUUUUCUUCCUCCUUUGCUCUCCCCCCCCCACGCUCUCUUUUCUUUUUCUUUUUUUUUUAAAUGGUGGCAAGAUGACUGUCAAAAUAGUUUUGCCCGUAGCUUCAAUUGGGAUGAUAUUUCCUCUGUUGCUUCAAACUGGCUCCCCAGUUCUUCCUUUGGAAUUGGUUGUCCAACAUUUAUAUUUACAGCAUGUAUAUUUUUGGAACUGAGGCUUUUUCUCUCUCUCUCUCUCUCUCUCUCUGUAUCAUGUGAUAUUUGCUUGGCAAUUCAUAAGGACAUGGACCAAAGUUCCUAA